AUGAAUACCGACUUCCCACUUUUUCCAACCACUUCUUCUAUAUCCACAAUCACGGCGAAUUCGACUGACAUUGCAUCUCCUGCUCCCUUCACCACCACUACCAAUCUACGUCGCCACGUGGGAGACCAUGGGCUGCUGGUGGCGGACACCAAACCUGGUCCGCUCAGAGAUAUGGAGCAGCGUAUUGUUAUGAAGUUUUACGAUUCUGCAAAGGCGAAGCAUGAGGACCUUGACGCUGUUUCCCAGGCCCAGCGAAGUAACGCAGAAUACCUGACACCAAUGUCAUUACCAGACUGGUAUCCAGAGUAG